GUGGAGAAAAGGCCCUAUCACAACACCCACCACGGGGGCAGCACCAGCCAUGUGGGUGCCGUUUCGACGAAAAGAUCUUCAGUGAUCUCAUUUCAUUUCUGCCGGACAUCUGUGUGAGGCGCACCAAUCUCUCCAUGACCACCACGGCAGCGCCGAGGUAGAGGACGAGGCAGACGAGGGAGAAGGGGAGGGAGGGAGGCACAGGGCGGGCUGAAGGACGAGCGAGCCGAGAUCUGUGCUGUGUGCAUGUGUGUCGGUCGGUGCCUCCUUGUCUGCAGGAACGUCAAGGCCAAGAAGCGGAGGAAGGAGAGGGAAACGCCAUGGUACAAGGUGGGUACGUCUGUGAGCCUCAUGCAUCAGCGACACACCCGAGACACACACUGGCGGGACACAUGCGCAUGCAUUGCAUGCAGGUGUUGGCGGGUGCGGUCAUCUUGGUGGCUCUCGCUGUCGGCGUCUACUUCAUGCCCAGCGACAAGGUCAGGGAGGGAGGGAGGGAGAAGGAGAGAGGGAGGGAGAGAGAGAGAGGGAGGCGGACACACCGGCGCCAGGACCGAGACAGCAUUCUCUUCCAUGUGUGUGUGGUGUGGUGUGGUGUGGGCAUGCAGCACUUGGCUGUGCGUGAGCUGAUCCGGACGUAUGGGGGCUACAUGUACACCACAGACACAACGCUCGACGGCAAACCGGUCAGUCAGUCACCCCACCCCACCCCACACAUUCCGCCCGCUGACUCACUGUGUUGUGUGUGUGCGUUCAUCAGAGUGUGGCGGCGUCGCGGUUCGUGCCGGCCAACACUGCGAUAGCGUUUGUGCCGGUGGAGCUGGCGCUCAACUACAACCACACCGACGCCGCCGCACUGAGGCUGGAGCUGCACCAGGCUGUGCAGUUCAAACAAAUCGGUGAGGCAGUGGGGGACAGUGGAUGUCCUGGCGUGUGCUGUGUUGACGGGAUGGGGGUCGUGUUGUGUUGUGUGUGUGUCCGUUCAGAUCUGUGGAAUGCAGCUGUGCUGUCGCUCAUUGCUGAGAGGCGCAACACAUCAUCCUUCUGUAAGCGGCCGCAAGCGAUGCCCAACAGUCUCCUCUCCUCUGUGUGUGUGUGGAGGAGAUACGGACACCAACCGCACGAAUGGCGCUGUGCCUGUGUCUGCGGUGGGCUGGUGGUUGGUCAGACAAGGCGUGGCUGAACUCGCUGCCGAAGGAGUUCCCCUUCUCCUACUUGUUCACGAAGGAACAGAAGAAGGUGCUCAAAGGUACGUAACGUUUGCAAGACAGCCUAGCCUGCAGGUGACAGACAGCACACUCCUCGCGCCUGCGUCACGUCACCCCCACAAUGCAGUGCGUUGAUUGCAAUCACUGCAGGCACCCCUGCAGAGCCCUUCUUCAGCAUGCAUGACCGAUACAUUGACCAAAUCACCACGGUACGGUAGGCAGGCAGGCAGGCACCAACACCGGCAGACGCGACACGCCACGCCGCCCUGGUCGUGACACGCCACGCCUGUCUCUGUCUCGAUAUUAUUUAUGGUUGCAGGCGGGUCGCACGCUGGACUUCUUCGUCAAUUACCCCGACCCAGAAUACGACUCAGGUCCCCCCCCCCCGUUCACUCAGACAGACAGGGCGGAUGAGACCAGAGAGGCGGCCAGGCAGGUGGACAUUCUUGCUUGAUGUGUGCAGGGAUAUCGCUGGACGAGGCGGCGUGGGCCGUCGGUGCGGGCAUACACAUGAUGUGGGGUACGUGACGUGUCUGCAGAGAGAGACACACUAGACCGCCAGCCAUAUGGAAUGCAAUGCAAUGCUCGGUUGAUUGGUUGGUAUGUGUGUGGCGUGUCUGUGUCUGUGCAGGUGACUCGUUUGUGCCUGGUCCGCUGGAUCAGAUGCGCUUCCACUGGGACCCCGACAAGUGCGUCGAGCCCAUGAUGAAACCACAGGCCUUCGGGGGCACACUCGGUAGGUAGACACACACACACACACAACCAACGUGGCCUGGCCACACACAUGUGGUUGCCUUGUCCAUCCGUCCAUCCAUCCAUCCAUAUGUGCAGGCUACGUGCUGGUCUCCCCGCGUGACAUCAACAAGGGCGAGCACGUAAGUGAGCAGCACGGCAACCAUUUCAUUUGUGUGUGCCUUCCUUGCCACACACACCUCUCUGUGUGUGGGUGCGGUGCAGUUGUUUCAGUUCAAGGGUCGUCUGUCGAGCGGCGAGUCUCUGGCGCUGCUGGGGUAUGUCCUGCGGGACAACCCCCUCGUCAUGACGAGCAGACUGGACCUGCCGCAGGACACCGUCACUGACAAGAAGACAUGGGCCCAGAUACUCACACAGGUAACAAGUCAGACAACCGAUGAAUGGCAUGGAAGCGAUGGAUGUGUGGGUGGGUUGUGGGUGGUGUGUGUGGUGGUUUGCAGGUGUCCGAGUGCAAGCCCGAUGACCUUCUGAAGAUCCCCUUCCACGACGCCGAGCAGCUGGUGCCCGAGAAGAACCUCAAGUGCAUCACACUGCUCAUGCUCAACCACACACAACUCAGCGUAAGGUCACCCCAACCAGCCCCCAACCGACCCCCUCAUCCAUCCAUCCAUCCACAUGUAUGUGUACAGGCGGAUCACCAGGCGCGCGACGCCAUCACGUUCUUCGACGUGUGGCCACGUGUGGCCGACCUGGCGCAUCCCGACUGGCUGACCACUGAGCGCGAGCUGUACGAGAGCAUGCAGGAGAAGUGCAGGUACGGCCUCGCGGCCGUCCUGGACGUCAACCCAGGUGGGCUCAUGGAGGGGAGGGGGAGGGAGAGCGAGGGAGGGAGGUCAUGGUGUGGUGUGGUGUGUCUGUCGGUGUGUGGUGUGUGUGCAGAUGUGGUGCAGACGCUUGAGAAGCAGACCGACUCGAUAUCGCAAGACGCCGUGUUUGUCAGGUGGGUGAGAGGGUGGGUGGACUGACGUGACAGACGUGGGUACGUCUUCCUUCUGGUGCUCGUUGUGUUGUGCAUUGCGUGCAGGCGCCAGCUGCUGUCAGUAUUGGAGAGGUGUCAGGGCUUCUUCCAGACACGCAUCGACAUGCUGCCCAAGUGAGUGGAGGGAGGGACCCCACAACACAGCCACACUUACCCACACACACCGCCACACACACCGCCCCGCUCUCUCUGAUGCAGGCCCCGUGCAGUCCCUCCCAGCCCCUCUCCCGUUGCCGAGGCGCCUUCUGUUGUGGAGGAGUCUCGUGAGGGCCCCGCUGCUGUCUCAUGACCAUGGCUGGCUGUCUGUGCGGGCUGUGCGUGUGGGUUGCUGUGGCGUCUGUCUGUCUUGCUUUCGUGGCCUUUUUUCGUCUUUUUGGAGGGAGGGAGGGAGGGAGGGCUUUCCAAGGGUGGGAGGGGAGGGGCAGGGGGGGAGGGGAGGGAGGGGACUGUAUAGCGUUUUCUGUGCGUGUCAUGUGUUGUAUUGUGUUGUUCACUGGUCGCUAUGAUUCCGAUUGGAAGCGAAGGCAGCGACGUUUAGUCUGGCUUUCUUACUCAUUCGCUCACUGUCUACUGCAUGCUGUACGUGCGCAUGGAUGGAUGGAUGGAUGGCGAUUUUUCUUUCCUUGUCGUGUGGUGUGGGGUAAGCAUCUCUCUCUCUCUCUCUCUCUUGUGUUGUCAUGAGGUCUGUACGGUCGAGGUCGAUGGUUUGUCAGUCAGUCAGUCAGUCAGUCGUGUGGUGAGGCGUUCAAAUCUCACCCUGUGGCAGCCCCAUAAGAGUCCACCCGCAGCCCGAAGCAAGCACUGGACUGCUUCUACACACACACACACACACACUCACACACCCACCUGGAUGCUCACACAUGCACACGUCCCCCCCUCUCUAUGUGCCACCAGCACCGCACACAAGACGCCUUUCUGUCUCUUUUUCCACAAUGAAACGUGCGCUGUUUUCUCAGUCGCUGCCCCGUAUACGUCACACACACACAUCGUGCGCUGACCGGCUGAAGAGGUCGGUCAGCCAUGUGUCGGGAUCUGACACACACACGCAGCAUGUGUGCGCUUGAUGCACACAUGGCUUUUUCCAGACACCCCGCGCGCAUCGGUGCGUGCGGACACACACAUGGCGGCUCUCCGCUCAGCGGAGAGGGCAGCCAGUGCAAAGGACGGCGUGGCGCGGCGCGGCGCGGCAGCCGCUGCCGCUGCCUGUCGUUGGGAGGUGGCUCUCUUUCUGGCGCGAUUGUUGUGUGCGCGGUAUCUUGUCGUGUCGAGUGUCGCGUGGCGCCCUCUGGAUGGCAGGCAGGCUCACAGACAGGCAGGCACAGAGGCUGCACAGAGAGACCUGGGCGAGGGGUACUCUGCUGGUGCGAGCGAGGAGGUGCCGUGUCGUGUCGGGUGCGUCGGGCUUGACGUGCAGUGCAGUUCGUGCAUGCCUGCAUCGGAGAGAGAGGCGGCCAGAGGACGACGGACAGACGGACAGACCAGCAGCACAGGACAGCCAGAGGAAUGGGAGGGCCAUCUCGGCGGAGCCAGCCCCUGUGGAGAAAGGGAGCUGUGCCCACAGACCCACAGACCGGCCGACUGACUGACACGGGGCACGUGCUGAGUCAGGCCGGGUGGUGUCACUGAAUGGCGCGGCGGGAGUCGGGGGUGGCUCCCGUCGCAGGCCAGGAAAGGUGUCUGGGUCAGACAGACAGACAGACAACAGACAGACAGACAGACGGGCAAGUCCCCCUCAGACACGUCGCCCCCAGUGGAUGGGGGGGAGCCCGUCGUAUCCCGCGCCGAGGAAUCUGUCCUCGGCGCGCCGCGGUCGUGGCUGUGUCGGCUGUCGACAUGUGCCACGCCAGCAGUCCGCGCCAGCGUGUGCUGGUGCGGAUCGGACACCGUCUCUCCCGAGGGUGGAGGGGCGGUGCUGGCCGUGGGGAGUCUUGUCCGGCUCCCCACGUGAGCAUGGGGGCGCUGCUGAGCUGCGGGCGAUAUGUACCACUGUGGGACGGGACUCAGAGAGUGACGGGCGAGCGAGGUGGGCCUUUUGAUGCAGCAGAGGCGUCAUGGGAUGGGGAGGGAGGGAGAAAAGACAUGGCAGAGCCUCUGAGACAGUGCGCGGGUGGAUCGGUGGAUCGGUGGUCGCUCUGAGACACACCUGCGAUUGCCGCACGGACGACACACAGGGAGGGUGCGUGAGGAGUGCCGGUCGGCUGCUUGUGGAGGGAGCCUUGCCUUGCUGUGGGGUCGCCGGCCGACCGACACGCACAAGUGAGGUCUCCGUCUCUCUCCGUCUUGUGGCUGGAUGGCUGCACUGACUGACUGCACCGCUCCAAGUGUCUACCUGCACCUCUGUGGGUGAGAGAUAGAGCGAGCCAGACCCCGCCGAGCUCAGCUCAGCUGCACAUGUGUCUUCGUUGCCAUGUCCUGCCUACCCUCCCCCAUUGUGGCGGCUGUAUGGGGUCCCCACUGUGACGUGUCACUCGUGUUGGGUCGUUUCCUGUGGUGAUUCGGAUCGGCAGAUAAGCAGCGUCCCCAUGCGGGCUUUGAGAGAGCGCCUGCACGCGGAGUGCAGCCGCUCGCUCGGCCCGGAACACACUCGCGUGGGCCGUAGGAACGCCUGCGCGACUCGUCAGGGCAGACCGACUGAACGACUACUAAACUAAACAUACCUCUCUCGUGAGUGGAACUGACUGACUGGUCCGAAUGGAAUGACAGACAGAGAGAGGCGCAGCUCAGCCCACCCUUUUUGCCGGUGUGGUGGCGUCUCGCGUGUGCGGUGGCUUCGUAGUGGUUCAGGGGCAUGGUACUCCUCUGCUUUGCGCAUGUGUUUCUUCCACCGUGCUUGCCUCCUGGGUUACGUUUCAGAUGAGGCGCCGCUGCAUGUGACGCGCACACCCACUUGGUGGCACUUAUUCUUUCUCGUGCUGAGUUGCGACGGAAGAGAGACAGACAGGCAGGCGUACCACAGACAGGUGGCUGGAGGCGGGUGGCAUGUGUGUGUGUGUGCAUCUGAGUGUGUGUUGUGUUGUGUGAGAGAGAGGUGGGGUGUUUAAACGUGUCACGGCUAUGCACACUACGCUAUGCUGUGUCGCGAGGUGAAGCGGCAGCCUCAUAAUGGUCCAUUCCGCCCGCUUUGGAGCACUGGACCGCCCCGACUGACUGACUGACUGACCAACUGACCGACCGAUCCAUCGACCGACCGAUUGUAUGACUGACAGACCGGAGAGAGAGAGAGAGAGAGAGAGACCCGCUUGUGUGCAUGGACGGUAUUUGUUAGCCCGAGGAUCCAUGCGCUGUGCCUGUGUGUUGACUCGAUGCGAUGCCUGUAUAGCCUUUGUGAGUGAAUUGUACACCUUACUUACACGAACAUGCCCCUCGCUCUCGCCAAGCCCAUUCACCUGUUAACAAAU